UCCCAUACACACACAGCCCAUACAUAUACAACCCAUACACGCGCUGGCUCACGGUGCUGAGGAAGAAAUGAAGGCACCGCAGGGAGCAAAGGGCUCACACUUUCACUAACUCCUCUCACCUAUUUCCCUGUAAUUUUAGUUGUCCUGUCUUCACCCGUACUCCCAAGUUUCAGGAUUUAAUCAUCAGGUGCCUGCUCAUCGUCCAAUGAGAGGCAGCAACCAGUCCAGCGUCUCCGAGUUCCUCCUCCUGGGACUCUCCAGGCAGCCCCAGCAGCAGCAGCUCCUCUUCCUGCUCUUCCUCAUCAUGUACCUGGCCACUGUCCUGGGAAACCUGCUCAUCAUCCUGGCCAUCGGCACAGACUCCCGCCUGCACACCCCCAUGUACUUCUUCCUCAGCAACCUGUCCUUUGUGGAUGUCUGCUUCUCCUCCACCACUGUCCCCAAGGUGCUGGCCAACCACAUACUCGGGAGUCAGGCCAUUUCCUUCUCUGGGUGUCUCACACAGAUGUAUUUCCUUUUCAUGUUUGUGGACAUGGACAAUUUCCUGCUGGCUGUGAUGGCCUAUGACCGGUAUGUGGCCAUAUGCCACCCCUUACACUACACAACAAAGAUGACCCAUCAGCUCUGUGUCCUCAUGGUGGCUGGAUCGUGGGUCACUGCCAAUCUGAAUGUCCUAUUACACACCCUGCUCAUGGCUAGACUCUCAUUCUGUGCAGACAACAUCAUCCCUCACUUCUUCUGUGACAUCACUCCCCUCCUGAAACUCUCCUGCUCAGAUACACACCUCAAUGAGCUGAUGAUUCUUACAGAGGGAGCUGUGAUCAUGGUCACCCCAUUUGUCUGCAUCCUGGUCUCCUACACCCGCAUCACCUCUGCUGUCCUGAGAGUCUCAUCCCCAAGGGGAAGAUGGAAAGCCUUCUCCACCUGCAGCUCCCACCUGGCUGUGGUCGGCCUCUUCUAUGGCACCAUCAUAUCCCUGUAUUUCAACCCCUUAUCUGCACACUCAUCUGAGAAGGACACCGCAGCCACCGUGCUGUACACAGUGGUGACCCCCAUGCUGAACCCUUUCAUCUACAGCCUGAGGAACAGGGACUUGAAAGGGGCUCUACGCAAAGUGGUCCAGAGAAGGACUUCUUCUGUUUAAUGAGAAGAUUUGGACUGAUCCUUGUUUCCUAUCACAUUUCCAAGUUGAGCACAAUUCAGCAACUGGACUGUGUUGGGCUCAGUCAAAAACAAUUGUUUCAUUCACCAGGUGCAUGAAUGUAUUUACCAAAUAAUGGGACUUGGUCUCGCUUUUGUUUGUUUCUGGGGUUCUAGGUCAGAGCUCUUCCACUGAAAUACAUUCUGUAGCAUUCAUACUAAACUUUAAAAUUAUUUUGUGUGCCAGUCAGCUUGUUACUUUUUGUCUGCCUGCCUGUUUGUCUGUCUGUCUAUGCUUCAUGUUCAUACAUGUGGUAUAUGUUUGUGAAUGUGUGAACUGAGGACAGAGGUCAAUCUUGAAUGUCAUUUCUCAGGAGCCAUACACCUUAUUUUUGAGACAGUGUCACUCAUGGGACCGUAGGCUCAUUAAUUAGGCUCGACUGGCUGGCCUGUGCGCCCCUGGACUCCACUUGGUUUCACGCCCUCAGCCCUGGGAUUACAAACACACUCAACUGUGUCCUGCUUCUGUGUUGGUUCUGAGGAUUAAACUCAGCCCCUGGUGCUUGGAAGGCAAGAACCUGACAGACCAAACUACCUCCUGUCUGAAGUAAGGU